CCGCAGGUAGGGCUGCGUGGGGAGGGGGGGACGUGAGGACCGGGGGGUGCCACCGUCGGCCGGGAGCGCUGGAGGAAGGACCACGCUGAGCCCCUGACAGGUGUCUCGCCACACGUAAGUGCCCUUAACGCAGCAGCUUGAAGACUUAAGAGACUUUGUGCUUGUUAUUGCUGCUGCUGCGGUCUUCAGAGAUGAUGUUGGCAGAGCAAGCCCAGAAGUGGUUCCCAACUCAUGUGCAAGUUACGGUCCUUCAAGCCAAAGGUCUGAAGCCAAAAGGUAAAAAUGGCAGCAACGAUGCCUACACCAUCAUACAGCUGGGCAAGGAGAAGUACUCCACCUCGGUGGCUGAGAAGACCCUGGAUCCCGUAUGGAAGGAGGAGGCCUCCUUCGAGCUCCCUGGAUUACUCAUGCAGGAGAAUCCAGAAAAAUACAUCCUGUACCUGAUUGUCAUGCACAGGUCGCUGGUGGGGCUGGACAAGUUUUUGGGACAGGUGUCCAUCAGUCUGAAUGAUAUAUUUGAAGACAAGCAAAGAAGGAAAACAGAGUGGUUUCAUCUGGAGUCCAGACAAGGGAAAAGAACUAAAGACAGAGGAGAAAUAAAAGUCAAUAUUCAGUUUAUGAGGAAUAACAUGACAGCGAGUAUGUUUGAUUUGUCAAUGAAGGACAAAACCAAAUCCCCUUUUGCUAAACUAAAAGACAAAAUGAAAGGUCGAAAAAAUGAUGGGACAUUUUCAGACACAUCCUCUGCGAUCAUCCCAAGUACUCACAUACCUGAUGCAAACGUAGGGGUAUGUAGUGGUGAAGUACAAAUGAGAUCAAAACCAAAAAAACCUUUCCUGUUGGGACCUCAGCGGUUAUCCUCAGCUCAUUCAAUGUCAGAUUUAACAGGAUCUCAUGUCUCCUCAGAAAAAAUGAAAUCCAGCACAGUUGGCUACUCUCAUCUUUUCAGACGUCAGCUGGAGUCUUUUGGUUCGGUUGAUGAAGGUGGGAGUCUGAAAUCUCCACAUAGAAGGACAUUAAGUGUUGACACUUCUAAAAUGAACCAGCUUGGCAGCACAGCUGAUGAAACUGCACUUGAAACACAAAAUGACCCAUUUACCAAUGUAAGUGCUUCGUUACCCCAAAAAUUUGCUACACUGCCAAGACAGAAGAACCCAUUUGAAGAAAGCCCAGCAACAUGGGAUCAAAACAUAAACCUGUUUUCCAAACCUGUCGACAUCAGGAAAGAAAUUAAAAAAGAGAAAAAAGAGAAAGUUAGUCUGUUUGAAAGAGUGACUGGGAAAAAGGAUAGCAGGAGGUCAGAUAAACUGAGCAAUGGGGGAUCAGACAGUGCUACUGACUUGAAAUCACCUAGUGCAUUUGGUGAAACUCAUCAGGAGAGUUUUGAUUAUGAUUCAACUAAUCCGUUUCUGACAAACUUCAAGCCUACAAGCAGGUUGCCAUCUUCAAGUUUUAAUGUGAAUCCUUCUGGCAUUGAGGACCUCAGGAAAACAAUGGAUGGAAAUCCUUUCGAUGCCACUGCAGGAUACCGUAACCUUACUUACGAAGAGGUUUUGCAGGAGUUGGUGAAACAUAAAGAGCAACUUAAGAAGAAGGACACCCAUAUUCGUGAACUUGAGGAUUACAUUGAUAAUCUUCUUGUACGAGUAAUGGAAGAAACACCUAGUAUUCUCAGAGUGCCAUAUGAACCUUCCCGAAAAGCUGGCAAGUUUUCCAAAAGCUAAGAUAGUGAGACCGGAUGGUACUUUCUGCUGAAUACAUUGCGUGAAGGAAAUCACACUUUACCAUUUUGUCUUCUCUUCAUUCUUUUUCUCCUAAGAAAUUCCAGGAAUCAGGGGAGGACAGGACUAUGGCGUGGGUUCUUUGGUUUGUUUUUUACUCUAAACACUAGCAGGGCCUGCCAAAAGUCAUAUUCGGUUACAUGACCUUUUUUUGUAUUAUUAUUAUUUUUGAAAACACCUUUAGGUACAGAAUGCUUACGGUGGAGUUAAUAACACACCUUAAAUAUGUCCAUGCAGUUUAUAUAGUAGCUUAGUGUUCACCAUGUGGCAGUUUCAACUGGGAAGGCUGUCUGAUUGUUUUCUUGAGUGAUUCUUGGUAUUAUGCAAAUGUAUCAAUUCUGAUAUUACAGCAUGCCAUCAAGACUGCUGUUUUCAAGCCAGUGUAGUACGCUUUACUAAACCUAAGUGCAGUUUGUUGCAAUGGAUUGUAGUUUGUUCUACACGUAUUAGAGGAAAACAGUGAUGCACAAUCUUUGCAGAUUAAAUGCUGUAUUCUAUACAAUGUGCUUUUUGUAUAACAAUGUGAAAUAUACCAUGCCAUUCCAGUAAUGGCACAUGCUGGAAUCAGUUAUUUUACACUUAAAUGCUGGAUGUUGUGUGUAAUGAUUGAACUUUGGUAGUGAGCUCAUGACAUAAAGUUGUUUUGAGGAUCUUUUUGUAUGAAGUUAUUGCAUGCCUUUUUAUAUAUGUUAAAGUGCUUUGAACAGUGUUAAUAGAGUUGGAGGGAGAACUGGAGAAAAGUAUGAAAUAAAGAUAUGAAUACUUUGUUCAGUUAAAGACUACUACAGUGAAAAUGUAGGAGAAAUGUACAGACUGACUUAAAUAGACAGGAUAAUUCAAAAACCAUGGAACUGACUCAAUUUAAGAUUGAGUUUUACAUGAUAUGUAUCUGUCUUGGGUUUUUUAAUCUUAUGGCAAUGAAGUAUAUGCCCUUAGAAAUAGGCUAUGUUGCUUAAACAUGUAUAGAGUACCUAAAAAGGCUUUUCAUUUAAAGACACCCCUUUAUCCCUUGUAAGUACUUCUAAAAGUCAGUUUUCAUUGAGGCAAAUGAAAGAAGAAUGUAAUAAAUGUCUUCCUGAUCGUUUAAUAAUUGUUUGUAAAAUGACGUAUGAAAAAGGUAUCUGUUACUCAAUAAAUUGGCAAAAUAUAGUGCUGAAUGUAUAAUGGGAGAAUACCUUAGGAAAAAAAUCCUCACAGUAUUAAGAUAAAUAGAUCUUAAUUUUAAUUUUUCUUCCUAAGAGCCUCAGUUGGAUUGUCUGUUGCUGUGAAAGAGUGAGAUGAUAUUAAAAAUGCACAGAGAAUAGUUUAGAUUUAGAUAUAAAAAACCUGAUUUUCUUCUCCUCCUCCCCCUCUUUUUCUACACUUGAUCUGGAUUUGUUUUGUGGUUUUUUCCUUAUGGCACCAUGUAAUGGCUGUUACUGAGGAGAAAAAAAAAGAUAGAAAUGAAAUUCCAAUUUUUUUGUUGUAAAAGACCUAAAUACUUUGCUAUUUUUAAAACUGCACACAUUAGUAAUGUCUUGAAUAUAUGAUCUGGAAAAGUUAAAGUUCUAUCUGGAUAAAUUUGAUGAUGGUAAUUGUAUGACAGUACAGAUUUAUUCUUCUCAGAAAAGAAAGACUUCUUUGUAGAAUUGUUCUCAUAUUUCGUUUACUUAUUUUUAGCUUUUUUCUUCUUUUUUCUUUCUUCUUUAUAUUUUCUUCCUUAUUAUAGCAGCUACCUCCCAUCCUGUGUCCCUAAAAUGUAUGCAGUUUGAGUGUUCCCAGCUCACCAUUGGGAUUCCUUAGCAUAGAUUAUUGUGCCUGGAUAGAGCCUGAAUUACUCAAGGCCUACCUAAUUGUGCUCUGUAUUUAGAUGUUUGUAGGACAGAAAUGGGCCCACUUCAUUAGGUAGGUGUCUCUUUUGACAGCCUAAGCAUUUAUCAAGUUCGGUACCUCAUAAGCCACCUGAAUGUUCUUUUGACCCACUUAAGAUCUAAAUGACUGUAAAUUUGUUGUAAUAUAUUUGAAGUGCCAAAGGUUAUGUACUAAGUUAUGGUACAUUUACAGUUGGAAGUUAGGUUUUGCACUCUUAUUUGAUUUCAAUUUCCUAAUUACACCAAGAUGUGUUUCAGUUACUCAGUAUUUCCAUAAAAAUUCUUAAACAUUUUCAAAUGUUUGGCCAAAGCAAGUGGUUUUCUCAUGUUGUUAGUGGGGAAGUGUUGUGCAAUUGUUUUGAAUUCCACAGUCAUUUUCAAACUCACUGGUAUGAGACCAUCUGUAGUAUCUACAAUGAUUAAAUCACACACCCCAAUGGGGUUUAACAAGUAAACUAACCAGAGAAUAUGCUCCAAUGACUUUUUCACUUACAAGCCAACUUAUAAUUAUUGAAAUGAAACUCUACUAUAUUUAGCACCUCUGAAAUGACUCCUUUUAGAAUGUAAAUGUAGAAUAUCAAACUGCAUAAUUGACUAAGAGCAGAUCAUUUGACAUAUUUGCAUACCGACAACGAUAAGCAGAUUAAAGGUAGCGAAAAGAUCAAUUUUUGUGCAUUAGUCAAGAAAUUUAGUGAAGCUUUGAAUGUGCUAUCUAGUCUUUAUCUGAUCCAUACGUGAAUAAAAGCACCUUUUGUUUCUAACAGUUUGUCAAGAAAGUGGGGAAUGACAACACAGUUUAGGCAAAGGUAGAGUUCCUACAAGAGGCAGAAUGGGACAUUUACAACUAUGAAGGAUUACAGAGUUCUAGCUGAAGAUAAUAGGCUGCUUUUGGAGCACUUCUGGAAAGAUUCUAUACACUUCAUUUUCUGCUUAGAAAGAAAAUGUUAUCAUUUUUCUAUAUUUUGAGGUUAUUUUUGGAAAGCAUCUUCACCCCACAUGUAUUUUUUGAACCACACAGCUUUCAGGUGAAAACAUUUCACACAGAGUAAUGGAUACAUUGAAAAUGAAGAAAGUUCUACUUCUCCCAUAGGAUAAAAUUUUAAGCUUUCUUGCAGAUCAUUUUAAACCCAUAGUACCUUGCCACUUACAGUCAUUCUUUCUUGCCCUUGAAAAUAUAAGGAUGAAAAUUUUGGACAUGUCCAUAUCAUUUGGAUUUUUUCUCUGGAAAAUGAGUGUAAGACUUCAUCCAUGCACACACUAGAUUUGAAGUUAUCCUUUUAAACUGCUUUGCUCAUAGCCAUGUGUUUUACUUACAUUAAGGAACAAACAUGAAGGCCAUACUGUAAUGUUGUAAGAAACAAAUUGAAACUUUCUGCCAUUCAUGAAGGAUGUUUAAUAUUUACAUAUGUUACCUCUUGCUGCUGUAUAUUAUGUUUAGCUUGUUUUUCCACCUACUAAUGAAUGUAGCAUUCUCCCUAGAUUAUACACAACUACAUUUAUUGCUGUUGGCUCUGUAUCAAGAUCUAUUUGUAAUUUUCCAGCUGUGAAAAUGUUGCCUUGCAUUUAGAAAGGUUUCAUGAUUUGGGGCCUAAUGAAAAUCAUGUUCAUUAGGUACUAGGCUGCAUUUCUUUCUGUACAGGAUGCCCUUUCUUAGAUGCGUCUUAAACGGAACUGCUGUCUUAAUAUGUUUACUGCUGCACUGGAUGUUGAUUUACACUUCCAGCUUUAAAGAAAAAAUACUGUCCUAUGUCAAGUAUGUCAAGUAAGCUCAUGCUUUUUUGCUCUUUAUGUAUCCAUUACUGUUGUAGAUACGAUAGAGGCGUUAGCUGUGGGCUUUUGAAACGCUGAUAUUUAAAGCAUGUUGACUAACUUCCUCUCUUUGAAGUCCAUGGUGAAAGAUUAUAGUGCUGCUGUGUUGAUGAUGCUAGAUUUAAGGGUCUGUCAGCACUUUUGGUAUGAAACCCUAUUUUCAGGGAUUUAUAACUUCUAAAUGUAGAUACAGUCACUGGAAGUAUUUAAUAUGCAAUAGGUAGCACUUUAAUCUGUUAAUGAAGGAUUUUGAGAUUUGUUUCUGUUGAUGAAGUCACAGUCUCCUACAGCAUGGUGGGCAUUUGCUUUAUCUUUCCUAAUUUGUACGUUGAAGAAGCCACUGUAUAUUACAAAUGAUAGACCCGUUCCUAUUCAUCUUAGAAGCUUCCAGAUGUCUUGUAUUACAGUGUACUAUAAAAAGCUGAAGAUCCAGGUUAUAUAGGAAGCCUGUAAAAGAUAUGAACAUUACUUAUAACUUAAGGGUUGAUUUCGUCUUGUGCAAUCAGUGGUAGUUUGUCUACAUUUAAUAAUGGUACAGAAUCACAACUGUAUGCACAUGUGAGAAGUAUAAACUUAGAAUGCAUGAAAAACUUUGUUUUUGUUUCAUUAGUGCAACUUCAACUCCUUUAAUUUGAUUAAAAUGUUAUCUUAAUGUUUUAUUUUCUGUCCAUUAAAUAUUGCAUGUCUAACACUAAUAAAGCACCACAAUGCACUACCGA